AUGCUACUUCCCAUGGCCGCUGAACCGUCGAAGCGCUUUUGUACGGUAGGUCCUUCGCCUUGGGACUCUCUCUUCUCCAGCAAAGCUAAUGAAGAUCCACAGCACCCCCAGGACGACGCGCAGCUACAUUUAGAUGCCAUGCGGCAGCCAACCGAUCACGUUCAGCAGUUACCUGGUGCAGACAAGACUGAUGAUGGUCUCGCUGCCGAAGCGCAUGCGGGGCUUUGGGUGAACAGGAUCAAUAACACUUAUUCGAACGAAACACAUGCUGCUAAUGGGGACACUGACAUGCCACUACCACUGCUCGAGUCUUGCUGCCUGAUGCCGUUCCGACAGAGCAUAAAUCAGGAGCAGCUCUUGUGUGACAGCUGUGGCGUUGUCUUCUUCGACGAAAAUACGAAGAUAGACAAUUCGUUCAAGACAGGUCCUAGUGGGUCGUUGUUCCGUGGUACGAAUUUUAUGGGUCGUCAACGCUCUCUCUCGAUUAUGAAUCAAGGUGGUCAGAUUCACGAUUCUCAUUCUUACAAUGAAACAUACUUGCGCAGAUACCGUCAUUUCACACAGCCACCCUCCAGCAGCUCGAUCAACUAUCAGCCCUUCGUCGACAUGGGCCGCUCAACAGAUAGUGUUAAUCAGCAGAGACCAAGAGAUAGGCCCAAGUCUCACACCCGUUCGCCGCCCUGUUUCGACGCACCCAUUCCAAAGGUCAAUAAUUCCCUUCAGGAAACUGAAGAGCACGAGGACAAAUCCCCUACGAUGGUGGCUAAGGUUCCAAGAUGGCCACGUCAGAUCGGUGUGUCUGAACGCGAAUAUUGCACCAUCUGCAUGAAGUGGAAGAAGUGCAAGGUCCAUAGCAAAGAGUGUACGCUUUGCCAUAAAUUUCAUUCCAAAGAGCAUACGACUAUCGAGUGCAUGGUUGGCGUGUCGAAGUUUCCCAAAUUCAUGGAUCUCGCCUCCGAGCUACGUAAACGCAUCUACGCCUUCGCGCUUGAUACAGACCGACCUAUCAAGCCGCAUCUAUGUGACUACGAAGACGAGGCCAUCCAGUUUCAUGAUGAGAACCAGAAGGACCAUUUCGCAACUAGCGAUCUUCUUGGAAUUACUCGUAUCAAUAAGCAGACUCGUGCUGAGGCCCUGCCUAUAUUCUACUCUACCAACACCUUCGAGGUCGGGCCGGAUACUACGACUUACUUUGAUCGUCUGGCUUACUUGGGCCGCUUUGACAUGAUCCGCCAUGUUUGUUUUAGCAUCGAAACGCGCAACGAGAGUGCGUCGCCCAGCAUCCUCCGUCGCAUGAACCAGUACAUCAAGGAAGCUGAUGCUUUUGAGAGGGUUUUGGCGGAACCUCUCGGCCUGCGUCUUUUGCCGCUAAAACUCCAUCCACAGUACCUCUAUGGCGGCAUCCCAGAGCUCAACACACUCAUCGCGCUGAUGAAGCUCACCUCUUCCUUAACUAGCGAGGAUGAGUACAAAGACAAGGCUGAUACCACAUUCCACUCCAGGCUCGUUGUCCCUGUUCCCAGCGCAUCCGCCUUCGCCUCCUUUGACCGUCUCAAGUGGUUCCCAGCUGUCAUGUACGGUCUCGGCAUCCGGAUUCAUUACGUCGAAAACGUGUCUUUCUCUUCCGUCCCUGGUGGCGUGGUAGAAAUUACCUGGCACCAGCGCUUCCAAAAGAAGGACUUUGGCGACAUCCCUGACUACAUCAACCCGAUUGAUACCACCGGUCAGACGGCGGUUUACAAGCGUGCGCUCGAGUUAGACCCGGAGUUGGAACAGAAGCAGAGGCCUAGAGGAUGGACUUAUCUGCGCACCACUUGUGUUGGCGAUAUCUCGGAUUGGUUUGAUAUCGCGACUGAGGGUGGGGGUGUCGGAUAUGGGAGUCUGCUCAUUCAUGAUUUGGAGAAUCGACCAUCGUAUAUUCGAGUUUCACAAGAGGUGAAUCUGGACGUUGCUCCUGUGUGGCUUCUUCUUCCUGGAUCCGAAGACAUUUACACCACGAAGAAGUUCAGUCUGUUUCUCGAGAAGAAGACUCCCGGUCUGUUAGAACCCGUGGAGACGACUGCUGUGGAGUUCCGGAAUAGGUUUGAUACUUCGCCUCCAAAUUUCUUCCAAAGCGUGAAGCUAGAACCGCUCUUGAAUCCGGUGCCACUGAAACAGCUCAAGGCUUGGUUCCAUAGUUGCAACACUGAACAUGCAAAAUGCUGCGCCAUACAGAAAGACGUAGCAUUACCUACAAGGGUCUUGGAUCUCGAGGCCAUGCCUAGGGCAGAUAUGAUGAUUGAGCAUGUGAAUGAGUGGCAAGACCUGUUCCUUCAGAGCGAAUGUAGGCUAGUUGAAACUACUGCGGGGCAGUUGGGCAAAUACGCAACGCUCAGCUAUUGUUGGGGUAGUGGUUUGCCCUUCAUGACUACUAAAGAGACUCUGUCGGCGCGGAAGACUGGCAUCGGCUUUCAGAGUCUUCCCAAAACCCUUCAAGAUGCUGCCAUGAUAGCACGAUACCUUGGUCUUCGGUAUAUAUGGAUUGAUUGUCUUGCCAUUGGUAUGAAUGCAAUACAAGAUGACGCGGCGGACUGGGAGAAAGAAUCAGCAGUCAUGGCCGACAUCUACUCGAGGUCAUACAUCAACAUAGCCGCAUCCAACGCUUCACAUUGUGGAGCGGGAUUUCUGGGACCACGGAAAAUGCCACUGACUGAACGAGUCCAUAUCCGCGAUGAUGAAGGUGAUUUAGAAUUGUAUUUUGUCGCUCAACAAUCGCGCAACUAUGGACCGGCAAGAGAUCCGCUAUACCAACGAGCAUGGGUCCUACAAGAGCAACUGCUACCACCGCGUUCUAUACAUUUCGGAAGCGAUAACAUGCUCUGGCGGUGUCCCAACGGUAUUGAACACGAAGAGCAGAGAAAAUACUGGACACAUCUAUACACACUCAGCGCCGUGGUAACCUGCAUAGGUCUACCGCCAGGAGCUUCCCUUGGACAAGAUGCCUGGUUCCAGUUGGUGCGAGACUACACCUCACGAGGAAUCACGUACUCCAAAGAUAAGUUUCCAGCCAUCUCAGGCGUCAUGACCGUUUUACAGCGCAUGACUGGUGAUACGAGCUACGCAGGACUUUGGAAGCGCAAUUUCCCCAAAUGGCUGCUAUGGAUACCUAAAAACGAUGUCACGCCCUUCCAGCGGCCCGCUACAUGGACCGCUCCUUCCUGGUCUUUCAUGUCUGGUGACGGACCAGUGGACUACAGUUUGGGGGCUCUGACUACUGACAUGAACGCUUCGUUGCGAGAGUUCUGUGCGACUCUCGAAGAGUGUAGUGUCACACCCAAGGGACUGAACCCACUCGGCGAAUUAGCCGCUGGCUUCGCGCGUAUCAACGGCCCGAUAACAACUAUCACUGACAUCUCGCGAGAUCCAGUACAACAUACAUAUCGCUCUUGCGGUAUCCGACUGCGCGAUCAAGAGGACCACCCUGCGCGCGUCGUUUUCGACGUCGAGACACACGAGCACUGCGAUGUUUUGGUGAUCGCACCGACUUUCGGUAUAGCGAUCAUCUGUACGAAUGCAGAGCGGAGCGAGUACAUAAGGGUUGGGCUGGUGGUGAUUCAAAGAGUAGAUAUCAACGAGACGAAGGGAGAGCCGCGAAACUGGUACCCGGAAGCAUCGAAUUAUCCUGAGCCACGCUCGAUUGUUCUUCUCUAG